CUCGACCCGGUUCAACUCGGUUUUGUUUCGCGAAAAUCCCCAACAACAACUCGGCCAAGUCGUCUUCUUCUUCUUCAACAGCUUCAGGAAAAAAAAAGCCCUAAGAAGCAAAUAUUGAUCAAUUCCAAUCUCACAAGAACUUCAUGCUAAGAUGAGUUCUUUCUCGAUUACGCGGAAGAAGACGCCCUUCCAGAAGCAUAGAGAAGAGGAGGAGGCAAAGAAAAAGAGAGCUGAGGAUGAAACUGCUCGUUUAUAUGCGGAGUUUGUGGAGUCAUUUCAAGGGGACAGCACGCCGGGGUCAAAAACUUUCGUCCGCGGAGGGAUGAUCAAUCCCAAUGACAAGUCAAAGACUGAUAAUGAAGGUGAAAAGUCCAAAGAUGGGGUAUCUGGUCCAAAGAAGGGGAGUAGGUAUGUUCCAUCUUUCAUACCGCCUCCUUUGGCGUCCAAGGGGAAAGAACCUGAGAAGAAAAGGGAAGAGGAUAAACCGAGGGAGAGAGAAAAAGGAAAGUCGAAAAACAUAGAUCUUUAUAUGGAGGAGUUGAAGCAUGCACAAGAGAUGAGGGACAGGCGAAGCCAAGAUCAUGAAAACUGGCGAGAACGCCAUAAUGAUAAUUCUGCACUAAGUCGCUUUGACGAACUGCCUGAUGAAUUUGAUCCAAGUGGCAAGCUUCCUGGAUCAUUUGAUGAUGGUGAUCCGCAAACAACUAAUCUAUAUGUUGGAAAUCUCUCACCACAAGUCGAUGAAAAUUUCCUUUUGCGAACAUUUGGACGAUUUGGGCCUAUUGCUAGUGUGAAGAUAAUGUGGCCUAGAACCGAAGAGGAGAGAAGGCGCCAAAGAAACUGUGGCUUCGUAGCUUUCAUGAAUAGAGCUGAUGGACAAGCUGCAAAGGAUGAAAUGCAAGGUGUGGUUGUUUAUGAAUAUGAGUUGAAGAUUGGAUGGGGCAAGUCUGUUGCAUUGCCUUCACAAGCGCUUCCUGCUCCCCCACCCGGACAAAUGGCCAUCAGGAGUAAGGAGGGAGCCACUGUAAUCCUGUCUGGUCCGUCAGGCCCACCUGUCACUUCUGUCCCCAGUCAAAAUUCUGAACUGGUUCUGACUCCAAAUGUUCCUGAUAUAAUGGUUGUUCCACCUGAGGAUGAUCACCUCCGGCAUGUAAUUGAUACAAUGGCGAUAUAUGUUCUUGAUGGAGGGUGUGCCUUUGAACAAGCUAUCAUGGAGAGAGGCAGAGGGAAUCCACUUUUCAACUUCUUAUUUGAGCUUGGCUCAAAGGAGCAUACUUACUAUGUUUGGAGGCUUUAUUCAUUUGCCCAGGGUGAUACUCUACAAAGGUGGCGAACAGAACCUUUCAUUAUGAUAACUGGUAGUGGAAGAUGGAUUCCUCCGUCCUUGCCGACUGCAAAAAGCCCUGAUCUUGAAAAGGAGUCUGGUGCAACAUAUGCUGCAGGAAGGAGCAGGCGUGUAGAGCCAGAACGUACACUGACUGAUUCACAGAGAGAUGAAUUUGAGGAUAUGUUACGUGCAUUAACAUUAGAAAGGAGUCAGAUAAAGGAAGCGAUGGGAUUCGCAUUGGAUAAUGCCGAUGCAGCUGGAGAGAUAGUGGAAGUUCUGACGGAAUCCUUGACACUUAAGGAGACUCCAAUCCCAACUAAAGUUGCAAGAUUGAUGCUCGUCUCCGAUGUACUUCAUAACAGUAGUGCUCCUGUAAAGAAUGCUUCUGCCUACCGUACCAAAUUUGAAGGAACAUUACCGGAUAUAAUGGAGAGCUUUAAUGAUCUGUAUCGUAGUAUAACAGGAAGAAUUACAGCUGAGGCCCUUAAGGAAAGAGUUCUGAAGGUAUUGCAAGUGUGGGCGGACUGGUUUCUUUUCUCUGAUGCAUACGUAAAUGGUUUACGAGCUACUUUCCUUCGAUUGGGAAACUCGGGUGUGACCCCUUUCCACUCCAUAUGUGGUGAUGCACCAGAGAUUGAAAAAAUAAUCAGUUUUGAAGACACAGGUGAUGCAGGUAAGACCAACGAAGAUGCUGCUCUUGCGAUGGGCAAAGGAGCAGCUAUGCAGGAGCUAAUGAAUCUUCCCUUUGCUGAACUGGAACGACGUUGCAGACAUAAUGGAUUGUCUCUUGUUGGCGGUCGAGAAAUGAUGGUUGCACGGCUGUUGAGUUUGGAAGAGGCAGAAAAGCAAAGGGGUUACGAGCUAGAUGAAGACUUGAAGUAUGCUCAAGGCCAUUCAAGUUCAGGUAGAUAUUCUGGUGGCAGGAGGGAAACAAAUGUUGAAGGUGAGCCUAUGGGGUCGUCUGGAUGGAAUCAUUAUGCAGGGGAUGAAAUAGACUCCCAGGCAAAAGGUUCAGUUCCUUUAGCCCAAACAAUUCCGAUUCCGCAGCCGGAACUAAAACCAUUUGUGAAAAAAGAGAAGAGCGACCCUGUUUUGCCAGCGUCCAAAUGGGCUCGAGAGGAUGAUGAUAGUGACGAUGAACAAAAGAGAAGUAGCAGGGGCCUUGGAUUAGGCUACUCAUCUUCGGGAAGUGAGAAUGCUGGUGAUGGUCCUAGCAAGGCUGAUGAGAUGGAAUCUGCAGCUGAUUCAAGUGUUGUUCAACCUGACAGUGGAAUGAGUGAGGAGCAGAGAAAAAAGUUGAGACGUCUGGAGGCUGCUUUAAUUGAAUAUCGUGAAUCUCUUGAGGAAAGGGGAAUUAGAAGUCCUGAAGAAAUUGAGAGGAAAGUAACGAUGCAUCGUAAACGGUUGGAAGCUGAGUAUGGGCUCUCCAAUUCCAACAAAGAUGCUGCUGGGAGCAAGAGAGCAUCAUUGGAGAGGAGGGACAGACGAGAUAACAGCCAUGAAACGUCAAGAAAACGGCACCGCAGCAGGAGCAGAAGCGACAGCCCCACGCGGAGAUCAACCAAUAGAGAUAGGGAGAGGGAACAUGAUCUGGACAGGGACCGGGAAAGACACAGGGAGAGGGACAGAGAUAGAGGUCAUGAUUUUGAAAACGAAAGGGGGAAGCGCGAGAAGAGUGGAAGUCGAGAGAGGGAUGACAAUGAGAGGGACAGAGGCAGAGAAAGAGGAGAUAGGGAUAGAGAUAGGAGGAGACGAAUGAAAUGAUUCCAUUCCGAGAGUGUUGCUUUCUCAUGGAAAAUGAUUUGGGAUUUCAUGAUUAUUGCCAUGAACUGCUUGUUGCAAAUCGAACAAAGAUGGGAGUAAAGAUAUUAUCAAGUCAAUUCUUUGGUUGCCAACAAUAGACGAAGAUAUUCAAGUCAACAAAUGGAAUGAAGCAAUUGCGGCCAUGGAAGAGUCUUGUGAUUAUGGCGCUGUGAAGAGGGUUCCCUUCCCUCCCAAAAUCCUAUGAGAGGUGGUUGUUAACGACAUUUACAACCAAAAUAUGACUUUUAUUCGAGUUUAGAAGACCAUCCUGUCAUUGUGGUGGUCGAUGAGUAGUUUGUAUUUUGUUAUCUUUUUUUUCCCCUUACGUUGAACUGUCGCUAGUGGCGACCGGUGUCUGGCGACUGGCAACUGCUGAUGACAAUGUAUGUUUCGUCUUUAUUUAUUUAGCUUCUAGUGUUUUUCUAGUGGCUAGGGGAUCAGGCGUCCCUAGUGUGUGAAAAGUCCAAUCUUAAGUUCUUAACCCCUUCUCUUUUCAGAUAAGCUUUUGCUUAGGAUUUUGAUUUUUUCUCUUAAAAAUCUCCUUUAGGUGGUUUUGGUAAGUUAAGAAUUUUGAUGCUACAUCUACGUAGGAGAAUAGCAAGUUAUA